CUCACCACAAAAAAUUAAAAUUGAAAUGAAAAUAUUAAAAAAUUAAGAAAAACGCAUUAAACAGCAAUUUAUGAAGCAUUAAACUAACCGCAGACGAUAAAUAACAUCAUUUUUAAUUAUAAGCAUUAAAUCCAUUUGUGCUGCUUAAAAAUGAAUUUAAUUCAAUAUUUAUCGACUAUUGGACGAUUGUGGAAUAGCUAUGAUGGUUCCAGUAUAUCAAGAUUUAUUUCAUUAAGUGGAAGUCACAUUUCCAAUAGAAAUCUUCAUGUGGAAGAUGCUGAAAAUUUAGUAUCGCGAUAUGUAAAGUCGCCGCUGGAUGAUGUUAUUAAUGCUCACUUGAGAACUCUCUACUACAUGCAUGAAUCACCACCCAAUUUUAGCGAUGCAUAUAAAUGUCAAAUGGCUUGUGUGCAGGCAGUCGUAAAGCUACUACAAGAACUUAAAGAGGAGAAUUGGUGUUUACCUAUCAUGUAUGUAACAUGCAUGGAUCUCAGACUGUUAGCUUUAAAGUGUGAGACGCUGGAUCAAGGAGCCAAACGUGGUCAUUUAAUGGAGAAGGCAGCAGAAUGUCUUAUGUCAUGCUUUAGAAUUUGUGCUGGAGAUAGUCGAACAGAAGUGAAGGACACAAAACGUAUAGGAAUGCUUCAUCUCGUCAAUCAAAUGUUUAAAGUUUAUUUUCGGAUCAAUAAAUUGCAUCUUUGCAAGCCACUUAUACGAGCCAUUGACAGUCUGUCCUUUAAGGAUCAAUUUCCAAUCUCACAACAAAUUACUUACAAGUAUUUCGUAGGAAGAAAAGCGAUGUACGAUUCAGACUAUAAAACAUCCGAUGAAUAUCUCAGUUUUGCAUUUAAUCACUGUCCAACAAAGUACUGGAAAAAUAAACGUCUCAUACUCAUUUAUCUCGUGCCUGUUAAAAUGCUUCUAGGUCACAUGCCAUUAAAAGAGACAAUGGAGAAAUUCAAAGUACCACAAUUUUAUGAGCUUGCCACUGCCCUGAAGCAAGGCAAUGUAAGAAAUUUUGACGAAGUCAUGCAAAAGUAUGAAGCAUUUUUCAUCGAUACGGGAAUUUAUAUAAUUGUCGAGAAGCUCAAAAUUAUCGCAUAUAGAAAUUUAUUUAAGAAAGUAUAUCUCAUCCUGCAAACACAUCAAAUUGAUUUACAGAAUUUCCUCAAUGCUCUCCAAUUUGUUGGUGAAGAAGACAUAACGAUGGACGAAACUCACUGUAUUGUUGCGAAUUUAAUUGCAGAAGGAAAGUUAAAAGGAUAUAUAUCUUAUCAGCAUAAUAAGCUUGUGGUGUCUAAACAGACAAGUCCAUUUCCUAAUUUAAGUGCUAUCGCUGGUAAUUAAAUGCUCUUUUGUUAUACCAAAAAUUAUAUCCAACAUGUGGAAAUAAAUGAAAAUAAAUAACAAAUUAAUUUGCU